UAAAGACAUGGAUCAAAUAUUCUUGACGUUAAGAAUAAAAAGCAGUUACCUUUGCCGCAAAAACGCAGUCCAACCCAGAUGUCCAACACAAAGCUGGCUUACACCCCGACUCUUCCCACACCGCAGUUCAUCAACAACUGGUUUGCACUUUCCUCUUCAUCCUCUUCUCUCUGCUCAUCACAUUUCAUUCCCUCUAAAUCCCAUCCCCAUAAAUGGCUUCUCUCAUCUCUCAUUACUUCAAACCCACUAUCUUCCCGCCAUUACUUGGAAUUCUUUGCCUUCAAACACCAUGCAUUGUUCGCAGCCAAGCAACAGCAGCACCUCUACUGCUGCCAAUCAGUUGCAGUCUACUGCACCUUCUGCUGUCUCUGGCCGCCACCCGGUGUACCGAGGAGUUAGGCGUAGGAGUAGUGGGAAAUGGGUGUCUGAGAUUAGAGAGCCAAGGAAGCCUAAUAGAAUUUGGCUUGGCACAUUUCCUACCCCGGAAAUGGCUGCUGUUGCUUAUGAUGUAGCAGCCCUUGCUCUAAAAGGUCGAGAUGCUGAGCUUAACUUCCCAAACUCGGCUUCUUCUCUGCCUGUUCCUGCAUCCACAUCCCCGCGUGAUAUUCAGGCGGCUGCUGCCUCUGCAGCUGCUGCUGUAGGGGCUGCAAGGGAUGCCUUAGGAAUUGGGAGUCAUAGUCAGCCGGGUACCAAUCAAACAGUGGUGCAGGAGAGGCCAAUGUUGAAUGAAUUUGUGGAUGAGGAUUUGAUAUUUGAUAUGCCUAAUGUUCUAAUGAAUAUGGCUGAAGGGAUGCUUCUUAGCCCUCCUCGCCUGGACAUUGCCGGAGAUGAAUAUGCUGCUGUUUCUGAUGAAAACCAUGGACUUGGGGACCAAAACCUCUGGAAAUUCCCCUAAUCAUCCCUAUCUUAAAUCAAAACUACAUCUGUAUAAUUAACAAUCUAUCCAUAUAUGUAUAAACCUAAAAAAUAAAAUCCGUUAAAAAAAAGAACAAUUAAAUAUAUAAUCAUGCAUAUAUGUAUGUUCUAGUGUCUUGCUUGUGUGUGGAAAAAUCAAUCAGCUCAGAGAUUGAGAUGCUGGACAAUGGUAUGAGUACUGGCUUUGUUUUUGUUUUUUUUUUUUCAUAAUUUUUUGUACAGGGUUUCUUAUCUGUGUUGGGAUUUGCUGUAGUUGCACCUUGCUGUUAUGGUAAUGCUUCUAGAGUGACUGAAAGGAACCUUUAAUUUCUAAUAAGAAUUUCUGAGCAUCUUCAUUU